AUGGAGGACCCUCUGGGCUGCAUUCAGGAUGAAGUUCUGCCCUUGCUGAGGGAAGGGGCAUUAGAUUCCAGUCAUGACUGCAGCCGGCCACUGUGGCUGGAUGAAGCUGGUGGACACAAGAUUUCUGCCGGCCAGGUCACCGAGGGACCCUGCACCAGGGCUAAGCAAUACCCUCCAGUUUUGGUGAAAGGCCCAGAGACCCUGAGUGUGCUUCUGGGAGACCUCACAGGGUCAGAAUGUGAGCAGCUUGUGCUGGCUGUGCCCCCGCCGGAGGAACAAGACUUCCUCUUGCUUUGUGGCUGUGCCCCUGUGCAAUGUAUUGAAGGCUCACCCCAGUCCUCAGAGCAAAACCUGGCAACCACCUCAGCCUCGGGGCCCUUCACCCUGACACAGACAUCCUCUCCCCUUCUCUGGGGGUCCAUUGAAGAGCCAACCCCCCUAACCCUGCUGCUGAUCCCAGAGCCUUCCCCAGAAGCACAGCGAAUCCAAGAGGGAUUGGGUGCCAGACACCUGCUUUCUCCUAAAUUUGUGAGGCACUGCUGCAGAGACCACCACCAGGCAUGGGACAAUGCCGAACUCCACGAUGAGUCCCCUCCAAUUCCAAAUGCUGGAUGUCCAGGGGGAGGUCUAAUGAAAACUUUAACUGAGGGGGUCACACUGCCAGGGUGGAGCGUGGAGCAGAGUGGGGCAGUGAGGAGUCUGGUCUGCCCCACAUUCAAGUGCCCAUGGCAUCCGGAAACACCUGGAGCCCUAGUCUCUGCACAGAAACCCCGGUCAGAGGCAGCAAGGCUGGCAGAGCCCCCAGGGCCAGAGGGGAGCCCCUUGUCCUUCAGCGGGAAGGUAGAGGUGCAAGGACAAGCAUGGGACCGCCUUGGUGGGCUCUGGUCAGAGGAGGAGGUGAGCCCUUCAGCCAUCCUCUCUAGGGCUCACAGGACUGAAGAGACGUUGCAACCAGGUGGUCAGCUCUGGGCAGAGAAAGAUGGAGCAGGUGGGAGAGGGGAGGAGGGCAAGGAGGAGAAACAGGUGUGCACUGGACAAGCUGAGCAUCUGUGGGAGGGGCAGGAAGAGAAGCAGCAUCAAGUGGGGGCCGGCCCAGGUGGCAUGGAUGUGCUGGAGUCGCUGCCUGUUAAUGGCUGUGAUGGCAGGGACACGCUCUGCCUGAUGGAGGAGCAAGGUUGGCUUCGGUCUGCCAAUGGCUCCGGGGCUCCCAGUACAGAUGGUGACUGGUACCUAAAUGAGAUAGAUGCCUUGGAGGGGGAGAUGGCCGCGUGUAUCCAGCAUCUGUCUACGCUGCCAGUGGGGAGUUGGGGUGUCCAGAGGCAGACGUCCAUGCCGUCUGGAGAAAACUGGAGUUUUGCCCGCAAGUGGCCCAGCCUGGAGGAUGGGGCUCACACGUCGCAUGCUUCAGUGAGCUACACUGUGGAUGUUUGUGCUGCUGAGGAAGCAACAGCACCCAAGAAAGUGGGCAAGGAGGCUGUGCCAGGAAGGGCUGGGUCCCUGAGGGCCUGGAAGAUGCCACCAAGAGCAGUGCCCAGGCCAGACAGUACGGGUCUGGAGCAGGACUGGCUCUCUGGAGCCCUGGAGCAAAUGAGGACUCGGUGCAACCUGCUCUUCACUCGCCUGAGGAACGAGAGGAGCUCGGUUCUAUGGGGUGAUGCCCGGCUUCGUGGUGAUCAAGAGAGGAGUCACCGGAAGGUGCAGACCCUGGAGCGAGAGCGGGAAAGGCAGGAGCAGAGGGUCUCUGAUCUUCAGCAGGACAACAGUAGGCUGUCGGCAGCUGUGGCUCACCUGCGGACCGAGGUGGAGCAGUACCUACAGCUCAUUUCCGACCUGGAGGACUGCAAUGGGAAGAACUAUCUCAGGAUCUCAAAGCUGGACGAGGAGAAGGAGGUCCUCCGGGGGAAACUGGCCCAGACUAAACGAGAGAUGUCCGAGAGCAGGCAGAGGGUCCAGGGCAGGCUGGAGCAUGCCCUGAGGGAGAACACCCAGAUCUGGACGCUGGUGUCCGAGCUCAGGACCAGUUAUAAAGGGCUGCUCCAGGACAUUGUGCUGGCCAUGGAAGACGUAACCCAGGGCCUUCAGGCACAGAACAUGAGGCUUCUCUGCAGAGUCCAAAUGCUGGAGCAGAUGACUAUGACAGGGGUGUACCCAAACAUGGGGUCUGGGGAGAUCAGGGGGCAGUGCAACCAGGUGGGAGCUGUGGACAAGGCCGUCCAGGUGGCUCAGCUGCCAGGGCACAAGCCUGCCAGCAUCCAAGGGCCAUCCUGGGAUGAGGAUAUGGGUCAGGAUGGAGUCCAGGGGCACUCUCCCUCGGGUACAGAGCAUCCUGGCAUCAGCGCCCAUCCUACUGCUCUGCUCCCCACCUGGGGAAAUGUCUCGGCAUCUGGUGUCCUGAGCGGAAACAUGGCCUGGGCUGGCGUCGAGGAAACAGGUGUGAACACUGAAGAGAGGGGACCACCGUGCUCUGGGAACCACAGGCGAGAGCUGCGGGGUGUGGACGCUGAGGCCACCAAGGAAGAGCUCAGGCUACAAGUGGGGCAGCUCCACCACCAAGUGCUGACUCUGAAAUGCCAGCUCCGGGAUCAGGGGUCUCUACACCGUGAGCUGCAGGAGUCUCAGGAGGAGGCCGGCCACCUCCGUGAGCAGCUACACAACCAGCGCAAAGAGUUCCAGCACAGACAGCACGAGGCCGAUUUGGCGGCGACCCCUCUGAAGGCCAAGGUGGCGUCCCUGGUCCGAAAGUGCCAGGAGCGGAACGGCCUGAUCACCCACCUGCUACGGGAGCUGCAGAGACACGGGGCUGCCAGCCUGCCCCUUGCCGAGUGUGCACAGAGCAUGGUGGCUGAUGAGGCGCUGGCCCAGUAUGCUGCCACCUUCCUGACCACAGGUGUCCAAGAGGGGCAGGAAGCCCUCCACACGGACAGCUUCCCAGCCCCCUCUGAGCUCCUGAGCCCAGCGCGGAUCCUGGCUUCGUACAAAGAUCUCAGACAAAGUAUUUGCAUCCACUCCCAGGUCAAUAAAUCACCUCUGGAUGUACAAGUGUAA